AUGGUUGACAUGAUGUCUAGUCCAGCUCGUCCAAUGGAUCUUGAUGAACAUAAUUAUUUUCCAUGUCGACCAACACCAGACAAUUAUCCCUCACCCAUAACUAAGAUGACUGUGUCACAAGAUUAUCAUUUUUAUCAAACUCCACCAUUAUUUCGUAUUGUACAUAAUCCAUUUGAUCCACCAACAUCAGCUCAUCUUAAACAACGUCUUGCUAGUCCAAGUAUAUUUCGUGUACUUUCACAGUCUGAAGAUACUGAUAAAACAAGUACAAUAACUUCUGUUUUCGAUUGGUCCAUUGAACAAUUAUCAGAGAUACAUCCGAAAAAGUUUUCAGAUGAAAAUCGUAUCCAAAUUGAUGCUGCUCUAUUUGAUGAGAAUUUAAUGCAACGUUAUCAACGAGCUGCAAAUGAGUUUUGUUCAAGUAAACUUCACUUACCAACACCAGCUCCACCUAAUAAUCAACAAGAAAAAGGUUUAACAACCGACGGAUAUGGAUAUUAUUGUGGAACAUCAACACUACAUCCAAUGACAUCGCCAUUUCCUCAUUUCGAUAUUAAAACAACAACAGCAUCACUAUUUCAACGAGAUACUCAAAAUCGACCACCUGUUGAUUUUGAUUCAUGUAUGAUGGAACAAUGUAAUGAAAUACAAAACAUAUCACUUGAUACAAGUUUUAAUAAUACAAAUCAAUCAUCUCAUUCAUCUCGUUUAUCGAAUAGUGUUGGACAAAAUAAUGUAUCAUUUCUUAAACGACGUUUAUUUGAAGAUGAAGAUGAUGAUGAUGUUAACUUACUUCCUGAAGAUGAUGAUCAACAAUAUGGACAAGUUUCAAAUAAUAUUACAAGUACACAAAGACCUAAAUCACCACCUCGGUGUGAUAGUGAAACAGAAGAUGAUCAUCGUAUAUCAAGCCCGUCUCAUCGACUUAUCAAACCAGAAACUAUAUCUCCAAUAUUAACAUCAUCAUUUCUCUUCGAUGCCGAUUGUUCACCGAUAAAAAAAGAUUAA